AUGCACGCUAUGAGUCGAGCCGUUUAUACACCUUCGCCAAUAUGGCUCCAUCAAGAAAUCUUCGAAUUAGGUUGCAACUAUGAGCAGUGCCGUGAUGAUUUUGGUGGUAUAGGCGAGGCUGUUUUUACGUGCGUCUAUAACAAAAAAGCUCCUAAGAAGACAGAUUUGUAUCAGAAGGGAGGACAAAACCGGCUGUGCGAGCGGGGCUAA